AUGUCGAGUGCAGUGGAUGCUACUGGGAACCCGAUACCUACUUCUGCUGUGUUGACUGCCUCGGCGAAGCAUAUAGGUUUAAGAUGUAUGCCUGAGAACGUUGCGUUUUUCAAAUGCAAAAAGAAUGAUCCAAACCCUGAGAAAUGUCUCGACAAAGGUCGUGACGUCACUCGCUGUGUCCUUGGCUUGCUGAAGGAUCUUCACCAGAAGGAAAUGGAUGACUAUGUUGGUUGUAUGUAUUACUACACAAACGAGUUUGAUCUCUGUAGGAAAGAGCAAGAAGCCUUCGAGAAAAUUUGUCCCUUGAAAUGA